GGCGACUACAAGUACGAUGACGAUGAGGACAGUGGCGCAGAGGUCGAUCCAGCAGAGCAGCCGGCGCCACCUGGCAUCGAAGCGGGCACAUCUGCACCUGCAGCUGAGAAAGAAGAGGGAGAAGGAGACGAUGAUAGUCAAGAUGCAAGUUCUGAAAAGGCCAAAAAGGAGGAGAAAAACAAGGAAAUGAAAGAAAGUGAGGAAGGACAGGAGAAUGGAGAUGCAGAGGAGGGAGAGGAAAAGGAAGAGACCGUCGCGCCAGUGGUACCACUUAAAUCGACAAAGCCACGCCCUCUCCACAAAACACUUUCUAUCUUCCUUCGAAAUUUGGCACCAUCCAUAACAAAACAAGAGGUUGAAGCAAUGUGCAAGCGAUUUCCAGGAUACAUUCGGGUGGCCCUGUCGGAGCCGCAGCCAGAACGUAAGUUCUUCCGCCGCGGCUGGGUGACAUUUUCGCGCGAUGUCAACAUAAAGGAGAUCUGCUGGAAUCUGAACAACAUACGGAAGCUCAAGUUUGGCGUCGACUCUCGCAACCCUCUCCUGAAGAACAUCACUGAUUACUUCAUCGACGAAAUGAGUGCCGAGGAGGAGGAGCUCAUUGGCAAGGCGGAAGAGGCGGAGAAGAGUGAGUCAACGAUCGACCGUGACAACACCCUCUGUCAGGUGCUCGAUAAAAUGAUCCUGUAUCUGCGCAUCGUUCACUCGUUGGACUUCUACAACGCGAGCGAUUACCCUCUAGAGGACGAGAUGCCAAACCGCUGCGGCAUCAUGCACUGUCGUGGGCCCACACCAAUCAACCCUGUCUCCCAGGAGGACGUGACGGAGUUCGUUAAGACGUUCUCCGAGAAGAUAGAGCCAUUCCUGCAAGUGGAUGAGAAGCUGACAGAGGAUGAUGCGAUCUCUCUCGGCAAAAAGGACCCGGAAGCAGAGGUGGAGAAGUUCAUACUUGCCAACACUCAGGAAUUGGCCAAGGAUAAAUGGCUGUGCCCCCUAAGUGGCAAGAAGUUCAAGGGACCAGAUUUCAUUCGCAAGCAUCUAAUGAAUAAACACUGCGAGAAACUGGAUGAGGUUAGAGCAGAGGUUGCCUACUUCAAUAACUAUCUGCUCGACUUGCGGAGACCUGUGGCACAGGAUCAGACCAAGAUGAUGGCGCAGCCACCAAUGGGCAUUCCCUAUCCCCAGGCUCCCCAGCCAGCAGCCAGCUAUCAUCCACGCCCUCAGCCGUCGUAUGGUGGCUAUGCUGGAGGCGGCGGCGGUUACAGAGGAGGGUACAACCAGGGUGCUGACGCAGGCUUCUCCCGAGGAGGUGGGAGAGAAUACCACAAUCGCAGUGGUCGUGGACGGUACGGCGACCGACGCGACCCACGCGACCUCAUACAGUACCAGGAUCUAGACGCACCGAACGACUACGACAUCUUCUAGAUGCCGCGCCGGCCCCCGCUCAUAACCCGCUGUUCAGUUUAUCAUUUAGAUGGCACGACAUCUGGGAGGCGCCAUGCUAAAACCUGCUGUUCCAUUUAUCAUUCAGAUCGGUUCGCCUGGGAAUCGCACGCGCGUGCUCGAAGCACGUGCGAGUUUUUAUAUAACGUGUAAAUUCACGCCCCUCCGCCACCCCCUCGUCAUUUUAAGUUGUGAUGAUCAUAAAUGGAUGAACGCAGGUUUUCGUAUGACGUCUUCUAAAUCUUGCUAUUGCUCUUUCAGUGGCGGAUACUUCCAGCAGUCAUGACGGAACUCUCAGCUCAUUAGCUGGAAACUGUAAGAAUCUAAUUCCCUCAGGCAACAAUGCAUGAGUUUAGCAAGUGAUCGCAACCCCUGAGUGUCUCGUUACAUUUGGCAAAAAAACAGACCUAUUUAUAUGAAAAAUGAGUUUGCUAAUCACUCGGGUAGAAAUGCACAUAAUGCAUUUCGUAUGCCUUGGCAUUGCUGUGGCAAUGCAAUUAUUUGUUUCAGUAAGGUGACGUAAAUGGACUGGUCAGUGAUCAGUAUAUCAAGUUACUUGGUGAACUCUUAAAUUGCUGUACGUAAUCUAAAUACUAGAAAUUAUGAGCACGCAUCUAAGCUUCAUAAGCAUGUAUGUAUAAAUUUAAACAUUGGAGCAUCACGUGCAUGUGUGCGCGAUAUCAAAAAAUGCUAGCUCUUUGCUAGCUUAUCGUACAUCAUGGUAUUUUUAUUGACUGCGAAGUUCAUUUUUUAUGUUACUAAACUGCUUUUAUGGCAAAUGCCAAAAUAUAGUGUUCCACUAAGUAAAAGGGAAAAUGAAUAUUAGUUGUCCGGCAAAAACAUUUACAUAAAUUAUUACGAAGUGAAAAGUAGGGGCCGUUUACAGACAUUGGAUGAAAAUUAUGGACAAUUAUGGAAUGUUCAUAAUACAAAAUAAAAACUUUCUAAAAAUGUUUUGCAAUAUUCAAUAGUAAUCCAUAUGAUCAGCAAACUGGUGUUAUGUGUAUCAGCAUGUUCAUUUGACAGGAGUAGCAGACUGUUGGCUCAAUGCCAGCAGUUCUACAUGCUUGUGUGCAUGUAUAUGCAACUCUCUAGUCUAUGUUUGAUAGUAAAAACAACGAACACGCUUAUUAAAUAAAAACGUUUGAUUCAGUUUUUCUUUAGUUUAUUCCAAAAAAGGGUUUCUUACACAAAUGAAUUAAUUUUACAAUAUAUGCUUAAUAUCUGUUAUUAUACGUGUGCUUGUCUAGCUUGCUUAUAUGGGCAACUUCAACUUAUUUGGCAGUGCUUAGUCAACUACACAUGUGGUCAUCUUUUUUCUAUUAGGGCUGUUAUUGAAGUGUCUGUAAUUGUCCGUAAAUUUCAUCACCGACUUUCCAUUAUCGUAUAUAAUCUGCAAUUUUCACUUCAUCGUAAAUCCUGAGUGUUGAUAUCCACAUUGUUAUCAAUUGUUUACAACUCUUGUAAUGUUCCUUUAACGUGGAAUCUGUCUCUGUUUUAAAAUUGUAUGCAUUGUCUUUUACCACGUUUAUUUUUCCACAAGUUAUAGUUGUAUAAUACUUGAAAUUACUGUCAUUGCCAAUACAACAAAGUAGUAAUUGUUUUGUGCAUUCACCUAUCUCUCUGCAGCAAUAGGUGGUUACAUAUAUUCAUGUCUUGUAAGAUGAUAUAUCCCUUUCUCCAUAUAUUCAUGUCUUGUGAGAUGAUAUAUCCCUUUUUCCAGAAUAGCAUAUAAAAGAAUUGCAACAUGUGUUAAACUUUGUUAAUGUGUUUGAUAAUUAAUAAAAGAGCGAAUGUUAAUGUA